AUGGCUGCGCAUCAUAUGUCCCUUGCGAAGGCGACAUUCGCUGCAUCACUUUUACGCCCUGAUGUAACCAAAGUCUCUCGUGAUGAUCUCGAACAUUUUCAAUCCAUGUUUGACAAAACUCUCCGCAAUUGCACGAUACAGAACAUUCAGGCGUGCAAACAGUGGCUACUCGACAAUGUCGUCGUUUCAGCUCCAAGGACUAUUGCACUGGGAAAAUUCCUACUCUCAGUUUCCAAACAUAAGGCCUCUGAAGCCAAAAACAAUUCCAAGUCCUUCCUGUCGCGUCAACGAUUGCACAUUCUCUACCUAGUUCAUGAUCUCCUCCAUCACUCCAAAUACCAUAAUCAGAAUGUAUCGACAGAGGAGACUGUCAUUCAAUCCUUGCGUCCAAUUUUAUGCGAUCUGUUUCAAUUGGCUGCUUCCCAGCGGAAAUCGAAGGUCAAGAGAAGACUGAUCGGCUUGAUUGAUAUCUGGGACAAGGAGAAAUACUUUACCAAGGAGCAGCUUCUUGCUUUUCAGAACUCCUUGUCUGCAUCGCCAGAGACAAGCGGUUCGCCCUUACAACCACCUUCAAAGUCGGAAAAUGUGUCGUUAGAUCUACCAUACAACAUACCUUCCACACACGGAGACCCAUCUCUACCCUUCUAUGAAUUACCCGCCGCCAACCUCAUGCAUCUUAUCGUCCCUAAUAGUUCACAACCUAUCCGCCCAGCUGAAGUUAGAGCUUUACAAUUCUCUGCCGGCCCUGCUGACGAGAGUCUGGUGAACGCGCUAAAAGAUUUUUUAAGAGACGUGGACAGAAUGGACAAUACUUUUGCAAAACUUGAAAACGAUAGCAUCCCCGUUGAAGUCGACGAGCUAGGCCAGGUCCAGUACCGGAAUGAAGCAGAAGACCUCACGGCAGAUACAUACUACGGGUGGUCACGCACAUUCUUCGCAAUCACAGCCGAACCAGGAGUCGAUCGCACAGCCGCAGUCGCAGUCGUACCCAACGUAAGAGGAGACGAUACAGCGAAUCGCCAAGUAAUACCUCGGCGUCUUCACGGUCCUAUAGCCGGUCAGUAUCUCGAGGAAGAGAAUCCCAGAGCACGCGAGGCAAUGACAGUACCCAUCAAGACAAACUGA